GCUCGACUACAUUCGCUUGUUUAAAUCGCCCUAGGUCUCGGGUAUAGUUCUCCAAGUCCAUACCUUACAAAAUGUUCUGGGUAUCCAUUGUUCUCGCCAGUACCCUUACAGGGCUUGCUACAGCGCAAAGCUCUUCCUGGACGGUGAACUUCUAUAGUUCUCCAGAUUGCUCGGCUGAGUCGCUGACUAGCACCUAUACUGGAACCGACUUUUACACGGAGUACAAAGUUAGCCCGCCAGGCCAGUAUUUGACUGUUACCAAGACAGGAGACGCGUCGUAUCAAGGCGCUCUUGUAUCCUCUGAUCCUGGAGCUACCUUUGUAACGGCGCUUGUGGGUCAGGGCUGUGUUAAAGGACCGGUUGGUGGUGCAACCUUGUUCCAGAUAGUGUAAAGGGGGCUUGGUGCUGGUGAUCAGUGAAACACAGUUUCGGAUUUGUGUGUCUAUAUAGUUGCCUUUCUACUCAUCGGUACUAGUGAUCAGUGAAAUCC